GAAAAAAGAAGAAUUCAUAUUCCUCAGCGAAAGAGAGCAAUAGAUUUGGAUCAGUAGAUAGCGAACGUUAAAGAAGGCCAGCAUAUUUGGGAAGACGAGCUUCAACUUAUUUGCGAAUACGUAAAAGAAAUACUCAUUGAGGAGUCGAAUGUGCAACCUGUCAACGGUCCAGUAGCCGUCUCCGCUGAUAUCCAUGGCCAGUUUCAUGAUCUGAUGAAACUUUUUCAGACAGGAGGUUAUGUGCCGGAUACAAGUUACAUUUUUAUGGGAGAUUUUGUUGAUCGAGGUUAUAAUAGUCUUGAAGUUUUCACUAUUCUUCUGCUUCUUAAGGCAAGGUAUCCAGCUAAUAUCACUCUCUUGCGGGGGAAUCAUGAGAGCAGACAGCCAACUCAGGUUUAUGGUUUCUACGAUGAGUGCCAAAGGAAGUAUGGAAAUGCUAAUGCAUGGCGAUAUUGUACUGAUGUUUUUGAUUAUCUUACACUUUCUGCAAUUAUAAAUGGGACAGUGCUAUGUGUACAUGGUGGCCUUUCUCCUGAUAUACGAUCAGUUGAUCAGAUGAGGGUAAUUGAGCGGAACUCUGGAAUUCCUCAUAAAGGCCCAUUCUGUGAUCUCAUGUGGAGUGAUCCUGAAGAUAUUGAAACAUGGGCAGUCAGUCCACGCAGUGCAGGAUGGCUAUUUGGGUCCAGGGUCACAUCGGAGUUCAACCACAUAAACAACCUCGAUCUUGUUUGUCGAGCUCACCAACUCGUGCAUGAAGGUCUUAAGUAUAUGUUUGAAGAUAAAGGCCUAGUAACUGUGUGGUCUGCACCAAAAUUUUGUUACCGUUGUGGGAAAGUUGCUUCUAUAUUGAGUUUCAGCAAGAAUAUGCAUAGAACAGGUUUGACUAGUAAAAAUACAUGGAUUUCAUGAUGCAUCCCAUUUUUCGCACCUGUUUAAGGAGAGAAAAGUAGAGUUCUUCACUGAAACGGAAGAGAAUAAUCAGAUGAGAGGGCCAAGGACUGCAGUCUCGUUUUCUUGUAAUGAAAGGAAGAUACAUACUGCAGUAGCUGUAGUAUUAUCCAAGCAUUUGAUUACUAAAAGAAGGUACCGGUGGAGGAAAGCGUCGAAUACAUGAAACGAUAUGCAGAGAGGGACCUGCCCUGGAAAUUGCCCGGAACCUCCGAGCCCUGUAUGUUGCAAUGUGACUGCUUUAACCUUCGACUCCGCCCGUUGGCAUCAUCUUCGUCUUCAUUUUCAUUUUCUGUAUAUUGCUUCAUAUGAUCCCGAGUUCUGAAAAUUGGUCACUGCUGCCUUUCUAUGUUUUUUUUCUUUUCAUUUAUUUACUUUGAAUGAGAUAUUCGGGGUUAAAAGUGUCUUUUGUGUCGUUGUCAAAAGUGCAAUUUAGUAAAUAACUUAGUACUAAUUUAA